AUGCUGCUGAACGUUGGCAUGAAUCCGGCAAAUACUCGAGAAGUGACAAUACGGUCGUAUCCUAGAAGCGCAGGGCCACACACACGCUCGGUCAACGGCGAGGAGCAGCCGAGAUGGUACAACAUUAUGACCAAAGGCUUGCAUACUGUCAAUCAUCCUGGCCUUGGCAAGCUCAUGCCCAAUCUCGGUGACCUUGAAGACUUUGCCAUCACCAAAAAUUCUUUGUGGGUUCUAGACGAAUGGGACGAACAGGACCAACGCGCCGACGACCACAAAACGCGCAAGGCUUUCGCUGAGGAUUGGUCCUCCUUGUAG